CAACCAAAAAAAAAAAAAAAAAAAAAAAAAAAAAAAAAAAAAAGAAAAGGACUCAUCUUGUUGAAUUGCGAAAUCAAUAAUAAUCAACCAUGCCUCUGCCGUGGAAGAAGGCAAAGGUUUCAAGAAUUUCUCGUCUUGUCGCUGAUCUCCAGCAACCAAAAUCCGGUAAAUCGCUGGUGGUGGAAACCGGUUUCCCUACUUCUCUUGUUGAUCUAUUUGUCAAAAACCGUGACAGAUUAAAAAAACCCAGUAAGAAAAAGAAGAUACAACAACAGCAACAGCAGGAAAGGGCGGUGGUUGAAGGGGAGUUUUUAAUUUCCGAUUCGAUACCCGUAUCAAACUCUCGAGAUUUGCCUCCGGCCGAAUCGAUUUUUAUCGAUGACAGCGAGUUUGAAUGGCCGGAGAAUUUUUCCGUUCACCAGAAAAAUGUCGAGAAAAGUGGAGAAGAAACUGUGGUGGAUGAAGAAAUAAAUCGCGAUUCUAACAAAGGUAUUAAAGAGUGCGGCGGCGCCACCGGCGGUGGUUUGGAGAAUAAUAUCGAGUCUAAUAGAAAAGAUAAACGAGCAUUAAUAGCAAUUUUGAAGAUUUUUCCUGUUGUGAUUUUAUCUAUGAGCACGAAAAGAUUAGCAGUUGGGAUAACAAUGUCGGCUUUUCUUCUAAUUUUUCUUGAAUGUAUUACGAAACGUUUCCUGUGUUGCUCAUUGGAAAAACCAUCUUGGUCUGCACUGAAGGGGGAAAAUUUCUUCUGUUGGUUAUUGAAACAAUUUUGGUCUGCGAAACUGGCUUUGCAAGGUUUAAUCCAAAGGGGUUUUGCCUUAUCUAGAAAGGAAGAGAUGGUGGUGAUGAAGGAGAAGAAUGAAGUUGAACGAAUUGUGUUCGAUAGUUUUGAUUUCGAUAAGAGUCGUGAAUACUUUGAUCAGGAUCUUGAACGGAAAAAUGUAAUUCAAACAAGAAGAAGUGUAUCAGAGAGGAAAGAGGAAAAUCAAAAAAUUUUAGAGUCAGUGAAUAGUGAUAGAAAAUGGGGAGUUGUGGAAGCGGAUGAAGGGAAUAGCCAAAGCUUUAAAAUGAAAAGAAAAAUCCUUCAGAGAUUAAUGCCAAAGAGAUUGAGGACCUUAAAGAAAGGAAGGAAGGGGAAAGAAAGGGAAAAUGAUUUGGGCAGUGAAACAUCCAGUGGUUGCGGAGGAGGAGAUGAUAGAAGUCGUCGAAAUAGUCUUAGUAGACUAGAUUCGGAGGGGAGAGCGAGAAGCACAUUAUUGAAGUUGUUAGAAGAAGAAAAACAAGACGAAAUUGAAAAUUGUGUGACAGAAGGGAAACAAGAAUUCAGAAAUGAUGAAUUUGAUAGAGGAAUGUGUAGGAUGGAAGAAAACGAAGCAUUUGAACAUAGAAUUUCCACAUCUAGUAUUGGAUUGCAGACUAAGUCAGAAAUGAUUGUAGUUGAAGAAAGAGUGGAUAUUGAAAGAGGUGGAAAAUCAGGUUAUUUGAUUCUGUUUCUCAUUGUUCUUGCUGGACUUUUGGGGGGUCGAAUGCUAGCGCUUGUGAUUACAGUUGCAUCCUGUUCGAUGCUAAAAUUGGUGUGGAGAAGAAGGAAAUGUAUAAAUGAGACUCCAUCAAUGUCAAGUUAGGAUUUUUCUCUUGGCAGGGCGUUUCUGGAGAUCUUUUUUCUGCGUGAUGUUGUUGUCCAUGUUUUGCAGCUGGUGGGGAGUGUGUUCUUCGAGUCAUAAUUGUAAGGAAUAUUCAACCUUCAUUGUUGGAUUUCCCACUCGAACUGUUGUAACCUGAAAUGUAAAUUUAUAAACAAAAAUUCACAGAUAUUAUUAACACUACAUUACUCAGAAUUUGAAUAUC